ACGAUUGGGUGCGGGACAGAAAAGUUCAUUGAAUCAGAAAUAUGAGCAUGAAUGAGGUUGUUUCACGAAGGUUUUGUUAGUGUUUUACCUCUGUUCUGCGGCCAUUAUCUUUCCUUUUGUCGUUGUUUUAUGAAAGUGAAUCUCUUUCGGGUUUAAUAUUCAGUACAGUUGAACAACAGGAUAAGUGACCGUAUUAGAAAUCAGGAGCCGGCACACCUCGCCUGAAUAUCACUCACUUCCUUUCUUCAAUUUCGACUGAAAUUAUGCCCAGCUCUUUACGAAUUGCCGUUGUAUGCUCUAGCAAUCAAAACAGGAGCAUGGAAGCCCACGCAUUCUUAAGUAAAAAAGGUUUCAAAGUGCGCUCGUUUGGGUCCGGAGCACAGGUAAAGCUGCCUGGAACUGCUCCGGACAAACCGAACGUGUACGACUUCGGUGUCACCUACGAGCAGAUGUACCAGGAUCUUCUGGGCAAAGACAAAGCACUCUACACUCAAAAUGGAAUUCUCCACAUGCUGGAUCGAAAUCGCCGGAUCAAGUCCAAUCCGGAGAGGUUUCAGAACUGCUAUGAAAUGUUCGACGUCAUCUUUACCGUCGAAGAGAGAGUCUACGAUCAAGUAGUUGAAGAACUUUCCAGCAGGGAGACUUGCGAGAAUUCUCCUGUACACAUAAUCAACAUUGACAUACAAGACAACCACGAAGAAGCAACAAUUGGUGCAUUUCUCAUCUGCGAAAUGGCGCAACUGAUGUCUGACUCGGAUGACCUCGACAACGAUAUCGAUGAGCUGAUCCAAGAAUUUGAAGCGAAGGCUCAACGUCCUAUACUACACACGGUUCAGUUCUACUGAUGACGCUUGCCUUGUGAUGGUAAUGAACUGCCGUUGUAGAUGCCAAUGGAUGUGACCAAGUCCGCAUCGAAAAAUUGUACAUUUGAGUGAAUGUGUCGUGGCUCAAAGCAAACUUUUUCUCUGCUCCAGACUUUCUUACGUGUUUCGUGGUGACGUUGUAUUAAAUUAAUGGGCGAAUGCCUCGGGGAUUUCGUGUCAACGUGAAAAAUGUGACGGGAGAUGUAAUAAGGGAAGGGAAAUGUUCAGUAUUGUUUGUGGCUUUUGGUGGAGUAAUUUUGUUUCACAGAUGCAGCAGAGUUGAACAAGUGUGCCAGAGUUUAGAGCUUUUGAUACUACUGGGAUUUUCAUAAAGUUAUAGGUGAAUAUAAAAGACUUACUUACAAAACCCUAAAAGGAGAACUUCACCACAUAACACGCUGAAGCACAGGAUGAUACUGCUGUCAACCUCGAUUUGUGGAAAGUGCAAAGUAUUUCCUUUGCGAGAUUAACAUACUGGUCACCGCACAAGUGUCACAAAAAGGCAUGCACCUCCCUUUUCCAACAAAUCGAGAGAGAACGAUGUCGUUCGGGGUGAUGGUUGACUAGAAGCGUGUUAUGUGGGGAACAGUGUAGCGCAGGUGCAUUAUGACUGUACGUAAAACUUAAGUGUGAACUACCAUAAUUGGAUGCUCUGCCAGUUCCAGUCAGAGACAAAUAAAUAUCAACCAAUGCAAACA